AUGGUUUUUUUUUUUCAGCGAUUUAAAAUGGAAGCAAUGUGGGGAAUUUUAACAUUUGCCCUUUUAUUGUCAGCAGUUUCUACCGUCAAAUUACCUAGAAAGGACUUUGGAGACAACCUUACAGCAGUAGCGAAGGAUCUUCACAAAAAAUGUAUGGUUACAUCCGGAUGUUUAACAGAAUGCGUGCGAAAAAUUAAAGCAGCUGAAUUUGACCCCGAUUCAAUUCCCUCUAAAAAAUAUGUGGCAUGUCUGUGGACAGCAUCUGGACUUUUGACAAAAGGCUUUGAAUUGAACAGUACUUUGUUGGAAGAAUUGAUGCCUCCAACAAUAUCAAAUGAAGAAAUACCAACCUACUUAAAAUGCGUUGAAGAAGGAAAAAAUUCAGCUGAAAAAAAAUUCAGGGAUAAGAUAUUUGUAACGACAAAGUGCAUUUAUGAUACAGAUCCUGAGAAAUAUAUCAUGUUCUAGGAGGUGCCAAAAUUAUUUUACGAAAAUGUUAAUUUCAAGCUUUGUCACAAAAAUAA